AUGAGUCAACAAUUUCAAGUUGGUGAUUAUGUGAACAUUGAUUUAGAAUUAGAAAUAGUGCAAUCACUUCAACAUGGUCAUGGUGGUUGGACAGAUAAUAUGUUUGAAUGUUUGGGUGCAACUGGUAUUGUUCAAAGUCUUGAUGAAGAUUAUGAUAUUGUAGUUGUUUAUCCAAGUGGAAAUCGAUGGACUUUAAAUCCUGCUUUAUUAACACGAGUUGAUUUAACAUCCGAACAAAAAUUAGCUUUACAACGACAACAAACAACAGCUAAUAUGGCAAGAACAACAGCAGCUGCAGUACCACAUCAAGCAUUGAAAGUUAAUGAUAUGGUUCAGAUAUGUAGUGAUUUAGAAAAAAUGAAAAUCUAUCAACGUGGACAUGGUGAAUGGGCUGAAGCUAUGGUACCUGCACUUGGAAAAGUUGGUCGAGUUAUUCAUUUAUAUGCUGAUGGUGACGUGAAAGUACAAGUUGGUGGUGGUUCUUGGAUAUUUAAUCCACUUGCUGUUACGAAAGUUGAUCAAACACAUAGUACAGAAGGUGGCAAUGAAGAACGACUUAACGCAAUGCUUAAAAAAUUAUUUGAUGCACAAUUAACUGGUGAUAUUCACGAAGAACUCGUUAAAGCAGCAGCAAAUGGUGAUUUAAAACGAGUAGAAGAUUUAUUAAAACGACCGAAUAUUGAUGUUAACGGCAUUUUUGCUGGUCAUACAGCUUUACAAGCAGCAGCUCAAAAUGGACAUAAACAAAUUAUUCAUUUACUUAUUAAAGACAAUGCUAAUUUAGAAAUUGAAGAUAAAGAUGGUGAUCGAGCUGUUCAUCAUGCAGCAUUUGGUAAUGAACCUGAAAUCUUAGAAUUACUUGCAAAAGCAGGUGCUGAUUUAAAUGUUAGAAAUAAACGACGACAAACACCACUACAUAUUGGUGUUUGUAAAGGCCACUUUGAUGUAUGUAAAAUUCUUUUAUCAAAUGGUGCUCACGCUGGUAUACAAGAUUCUGAUGGCGAUACACCAUUACAUGAUGCUAUAUCGAAAAGACGUGAUGAUUUAAUUAAUAUUUUACUUGAAAACAAUGCUGAUGUUGGUACAUGUAAUAAUAAUGGUUUUAAUUCAAUUCAUCAUUCUGCUUUACGUGGCAAUUCAUCUGCAAUUGAACUUAUUCUAUCUAAAAUUCAGAAUCGACAAUGGCUUGUUGAUGAAAAAAAAGAUGAUGGAUUUACAGCUUUACAUUUAGCAGCACUUAAUGAUCAUUGUCUUGCUGCUGAAUUACUUUUGACUAAGGGAAAUGCAUCCAUUAAUAUACAAAAUAAUAGUUUACAAACUGCUCUUCAUUUAGCUGUUGGUCGACAACAUUUACAAAUUGUUAAUUUAUUAUGUAGUAAAAAUGCAAAUAUUAAUCUAGCUGACAAAGAUGGUGAUACAUGUCUACAUGAAGCUUUACGACAUCAUACAUUAUCACAAUUAAAACAAUUACAAGAUGUUGGAGAUAGUGGAAAAACAAUGAAUAUAUUUACGAAUAUAAAUGGUUAUGAUAAACGACCAAGUGUAGUUAUUGCUUGUACAUUAGUUAGUUACGGUGCAGAUUUAUGUAUAAAAAAUUUAAAAAAUCAAACACCAUUUGAUCUAUGUCCUGAUCCACAUUUAUGUCGAAUAUUAACACAAAAAAACAUAGAAUAUAAACAAGAACAUAGUAAAAAUCAAUUAUUAACAGAAACUAGUAGUUCAGUGGAAUGUCUUGUUUGUUCGGAUAAUAAACGAGAUACAUUAUUUCAACCAUGUUCACAUAUUGUUACAUGUCAUUCAUGUGCUAGUCGAGUUAAAAAAUGUUUAUUAUGCAAAGAAAAUGUUCAAACAAGAAUUAAAAUUGAACAAUGUAAAAUAUGUUCUGAACGUAAGGCAUCUGUUAUGUAUAAACCAUGUGGACAUCUAAUUGCAUGUGAAGAAUGUGCUGGUGUGUCGACGAAAUGUUUAGCAUGUCGAGCAUCAAUUGAUUCGACAGUAUCAUUUCAUGAAUUAUGCUGUUCAGAAACUAAUGAUAGUAUUUCAGUUAAACCCGAAAUAUCAACAACAACAGUGCCUUCGAAUACUAUAAGUGAUGCCGUUGCAUUAGCUCGUUUACAACAACAAUUACAAGAAAUUCGUGAACAAGUUCAUUGUCCAAUAUGUAUGGAUCGAUUAAAGAACAUGGUUUUUUUAUGUGGUCAUGGUAUAUGUCAAAAUUGUGGUGAUCGUGUGCAAGAAUGUCCAAUAUGUCGUAAACAAAUCGAAAAGUCUAUUAUAUUAUAUACAUAA